UUCCAACUUCUAAGCAUGGGUUUUGCCACAUCACUGCGCAUGCGCGCCAUCCUGACGCGCGCGUCGCUUGACAGGCAUCAGCGGCGCGUUCCCGACAGUAGACGUUGCUGCUCAGGCUUCAAGAUGGCGGAAGCCCUGACAACUCAAGAGGAGGUGGCGGUGGAGGAGUUCCUGGCUGAGCUGAGGUGCCGGGAACAGUCUCAGAAUGCAGAUCUUGUCAGUCAGAUGACAGCAGUUAAGUUCCUCAUGGCAAGAAAGUUUGACGUCUCCAGAGCCAUAGACCUCUUUCAGGCUUACAAGAACACCAGAAUAAAGGAAGGCAUCUACAAUAUUAACCCAAAUGAGGAGCCUUUAAGAAGCGAGUUACUCAGUGGGAAAUUCACAGUUCUGCCUGGUCGUGACGCGAAAGGUGCGGCUUUGGCACUUUUUACAGCACGUCUCCAUCGGCCAGACCUCACUACCCAUAAGGCCGUUCUUCAGGCCAUUAUAUAUCAGCUGGACAAGGCCAUUGAGAGCGUUCAGACACAGAGAGAUGGGCUCAUUUUCAUCUAUGAUAUGACUAACUCCACAUACGCCAAUUUUGACUAUGAGCUUUGCGUCAAGAUUUUGAAUCUGCUUAAAGGGGCUUUCCCUGCUCGUCUGAAAUGUGUCUUUAUUGUGUCGUCUCCGCUGUGGUUCAGAGCUCCGUUUGCGGUACUCCGUCUGUUUGUGAGAGAGAAACUGAGAGAGAGGGUGUGUACUGUAAAAGCCCACGAACUGGUCAAUCACAUACCGGUCAGCUCUCUUCCAGAACAUUUGGGUGGCUCGUCACAGUAUAGUCACAUUGCUUGGAUCCAGUCCUGUGUCAACUCCAGCCCCAACCACCCCAAUAACUCACCCUGCGUCACUGCGGACUGCUUGGGCAGUCUGCUCCGCUCCUACUCCAUGGAGCAUGGCCAGAACACUUCAGUAGACCCCUUAACUGCCAAUACUUCAGGGGCCACUCUUCUGGGGGAUGGACUGAACUCAAACUGCCCCAUACUGGAUGACGGAAAUGCCAACCUUCAGAACCACAGGACAGCGGGACAUGCACAUUGGAACGGCUCUGUACUGCCAGGUUCAGGGGGACUCUUGGGGUCCAACGCCAAUGUCGUCAAUGGCCGUGGCUGGCAGCCGCCACCACAGUCAGACACUCCCCCAGACACACCGCUGCAUCAAAAACACACAGCAGGUGCCAUAAUACCAGGAGAUAACGGGACUGUCGGUGUGGAAGGUGCAUGUUUGGCCUACAGUAGGCAGGAUGGCAAUGGUGCUGAGGACUACCAACAGGAUGUUGAGUUUCUGGAAGAGGAAGUGGGCGGGGGAGAUGGUGUUCCACCCCUCCCGCUGAAAUCAAGGCCGGCUCCUCUCCAUCACAGCUCUGCCCCAGAUAUGAGCUGGUUACCGGGAACGGAAACGGCUGCCUUGUCGGUACAUGUGUCUGAGCCAGGCGGAAUGAGUGUGCACGAUCUGGUGCAGCAUGUCAAACGUAAAAAGAAAAAGGGAAUUUAUCAGGAGUAUGAGGAGAUCCGCAAAGAACCUCCUGCUGGAACCUUUGACUACUCUAAGAAAGCCUCUAACCAGAUAAAGAAUCGCUACAGUGAUGUCCUUUGCCUUGACCAAUCACGUGUUCGACUUUGUCCGCUCAACAAUGAGGAUGAUGAGACGUCUGACUACAUAAAUGCAAGUUUCAUGGAUGGUUACAAGAGGAGCAAUGCUUACGUCGCCACUCAGGGGCCUUUGCCAAAAACAUUUGGAGACUUUUGGCGAAUGGUGUGGGAGCAAAUGGUUUUAAUAAUUGUUAUGACUACAAGAGUUGUGGAGCGAGGCCGAGUGAAAUGCGGACAGUACUGGCCAUUAGAGGCUGGCCGCACUGAGGAUUAUGGGUACUUUUUGGUGAGAAAUGUCAAUAUUGAGAUGUUUCAGGACUUUAAGCUGUCACACCUGGAGCUCUUCAACACUCAGACGGGGGAAUGUAGGGAAGUGUCUCAUUAUCUCUACAUGAGCUGGCCAGAUUUUGGUGUUCCGAAGUCAGCGUCGGCCAUGUUGGAUUUCCGGGCACAUGUGAAACAGAGACAAGAGUCCUCAUUACGAACACUGUAUCCUGAUUGGACGGGACCCCCAGAAGGCCCCCCUGUGGUGGUGCACUGCAGCGCAGGCAUCGGCCGAACAGGCACGUUUUGUACUUUGGACAUUUGUCUCUCUCGUCUGGAGGACAUCGGGACAGUGGACAUUAAGCAGACGGUGCGUCGCAUGCGGACGCAGCGUGCCUUCAGCAUCCAAACGUGGGACCAGUACUACUUCUGCUAUAAAGCAGUGAUCGAGUAUGCCCAACAGAGCGGCCUGCUGCAGCCCGUGGAGUGGUCCGACACCGAGCUGGAGACCGACAGCGAGUAAAGCAGGAAAAACAGAACUCGCACGAGAGGGACACAAAAGGCACAGAAGGAAAAGAAGCCGUCUUUCCCCUCUCUUGGCCACAGGUAGACUCCACCUCCGAGGAAGGAGAGGAGGAUGCUUUCGUCCUGCCACUUUUCAAGCCCUUCUUUUCACUCGGAUCCAGACGACAUCAGAGAUUGUGGCUUGAUGUACGAGUUGUAGCAAUUUUUCUUUUUUUCCAUUUUGUCUUUUUUAUAAACACUGACUUGCACAUGUGGAAUGACAAACUUGAAAAAUCCAGUUUAUCCUAUUACCUGAUCUUUUUUUUAUGCUCAAAGUGUUGUCGAAAUUCAAUAUCGCUCAACUUGAGGGUUAAAUUCACACUUUUUAUCAAAAGUGUAAAAACACAAAA